CCCGGGAUUUUCCUCCAGCAUCUCCAGAAGCUUCUCCUCAGCCCGGAUUUAUCUGCGAGUUUUUCCCGGUUCCCGUCCAUCCCAAAAAUGUCUUCGGGAGCGAUGAUGAGCAGCGGCUGCUCCAACCCCUGCGAGGUGACCUGUCCGCAGCCCUUCGCCAACGCCUGGAGCCAGCCCUGCGUCACCUCGUGCGCGGACUCGCGGGCCGUGGUCUACCCCCCGCCCGUGGUCAUCACCUUCCCGGGGCCCAUCCUCAACUCCUGUCCCCAGGAGAGCAUCGUGGGCACCUCGUUCCCCGAGGGGGCCAUGGGAUCUUCGGGCUCCGCGGGCGCCAUCGGGGGCGGCGGCUCCUCGGGGGGCUCCUAUGGGGGCGGCUCCUUUGGGGGCGGCUCCUCGGGGGGCUCCUUUGGGGGCGGCUCCAUGGGCGGAAUCAUCGGGGGCGGCUCCUACGGGGGCGGCGGCUCCACGGGGGGAAUUGGGGGAUCCUAUGGGGGCGGCUCCACGGGGGGAUCCUACGGGGGCGGUUCCUAUGGCGGGGGCUCCUAUGGGGGCGGCUCCAUCGGGGGGAUCGGGGGCGGUUCCUAUGGCGGCGGCUCCUGCGGGGGCGCUUCCUAUGGCGGGGGCCGAUCCUUUGGCUCCGGGGGCUCCUAUGGCGGGGGCCGAUCCUACAGGAGCAGGAGAACCUUCGGCUCCUCCAGCGGCGGCUUCGGGGGCGGCUCCUCCUUCGGGGGCGGCUCCUCUUUCGGGGGCAGCUGCGGCUCCGGGAGGUUUGGGGGAGGAAACUGCGGCUCCUUUUAUUUCUGAGGCGGCCCCGGCUCCCCCGGCAGCAGCCCCGGCCCGGGCUCGGCUCCGGGAGAAGCUGCGGCCCAGGGACACCCAAGGGAUCGCCUUUCCCGUUCCUCGGGGAUCCGCAGCGCUCCCCAAAGCCCCGGGGAUGGUGCUGUGCGCUCCCCCCGUGUGACUCUGCCCCCAAGCCCUCCCUGCCAUUAAAGUUCUGUUUGCAUUCCAAUUCCCGUCUCGUUGGGKUUUUUUCCCUCGUUACUCCUUUUUCCAGCUCCUCCUCCUGCCCAAUGCCGGAAUUUGGGAGGGUCGGAGGCUCCUGGAUGAGAAUCAGCCCCUUCAUCACACUCAGCGCUGGGGUUUGAGGGGGGACAACAAAUUUUCCACUUCGUCCU